AUGGCCUCUGGCUUCUCCGCCUCCGCAUCUGUCCGCCAGGAAACGACACAGCUUGAGCUAUCCAAGGAUGGAACGCUUCUGCUACAAUCCCUCGAGGUUGAUAGCAUUGCAAGUAUUGGUACCGCCUUUGAUGCACUGGAGAAUUUCGAACAGGUACCAGACGUCUUCCGUCAGUGGAUGGGGAUGAUUGGGCUUGAAAUGAUGGGGUGGCCGGAACAAUCGCCUCAACACGGCUCGCAGUCCGAUAACUUCUGGCGAACUAUGAUCAAUGACUGCUCUGAGUUGGACACGAGCACCAGCCCCUUCUACAAACGAGCCGACGAGAAUGACUAUCGCAAUUUACGAGAAAUGUGGAACAUGCUACUGAAAUUUCAACCUUUCCUCGGAUUCGCCAAGCUUUCGCUCUCGGACAGCUCAUACGAAAGCCUACUCGGGAAGGAUGCAAAGGCAAUUUACCAUCUCCUGGUGCAUGUCCUGGUGAUGAAGUCCAUAUCAUACUCGGAUGUCCUGUCCCCUUCAUCCUUCGACCGCAUCAAAUCCCUUUCGCUGGUGAUGAAUAUCCGGAACCUCGCCGUUGCUAUACGGUGGUAG